GUAGGCAGGAAACAUGACAAUAAUAAGCAAUUAUUCGUGUAUGAUUUUGGAUAAUUUUUCCUUAAUUUUCUCUCUUUUCUUCACUUGGCGCUUUCUCUCCAUCAUUAGGAUUUAGGAACUUGAGAAUCACCAAUGUCGACGGCAUCACAAUCAGGAGGUCCUCCACCGAAACCUUGGGAAAGAAUGGGGUCAACAUCGUCUGGACCUGCACCAUUUAAACCCCCUUCUGCUGGUGCUACAAGUGAUGUCGUGGAAGCUUCUGGUACUGCAAAACCUGGAGAAAUCGUUUCCACUUCUGAUCGCAAUACUACUGUGAACACAAAUUCGGUUGGUAGGCCUCUCCCGACAAGAGCUUGGGAAAAUAGUUAUGGAACCAGUAAUUAUGGAGGUUACAAUUCUGGCAUGUAUAACUCUGGUUAUGGAUCAGGGAUGUAUAAUUCAUAUGGUGGUGGUGGGUAUGGAGGGAUGUCUGGUGGUAUGUAUGGUAGUAGCAUGUAUAGAGGGGGAUAUGGUAGUGGACUUUAUGGUGGUGGUUCUGGAAUGUACGGAGGAGGAAUGUACAACAGUGGUUAUGGGGGUGCCAUGGGUGGUUAUGGGAUGGGCAUGGGCGGUCCUUAUGGACCUCAAAAUCCGAAUAAUCAACCUCCUUCUCCACCUGGGUUUUGGAUUUCUUUCCUUCGUGUGAUGGAAGGAGUGGUUGGUUUCUUUGGACGAAUAUCUUUUCUUGUGGAUCAGAAUACACAAUCUGUUCACCUUUUCAUGUCUGCACUGUUGCAGCUUUUUGAUCGAGGGGGAAUGCUAUAUGCCGAACUAGCUAGAUUUGUGUUUAGAAUUUUGGGGAUAAGAAGGAAAUCUAGGAUGAUUGGUCCCAUGGGUCCAAACGGCCUUCCAUUGCCAGCACCAGACAUGCAGAAUGAACAGAAAUUCAUCGAGGGACCAAAAGCUGCACCUGCUGGUGCCUGGGAUAACGUAUGGGGCAACGAUGCAAGCAGAUAAUGCUACAAAUUUUGUUCACCGUGAUUCAAGCUGAACCCUGCCGGGUGUUAGAGAGCAAACAGGCCUCUCUUAUCAGUUUACGCAGCCAUCAUUUCGCAGUCGAUUUGAUGUAUUACUAAAUACCGAUUGACGAUUGUGCUGCUGUCUUAUAUGCUUCCUCAUGGUUCUUAUAAUCUUUUACUGAAUAAAGUCUACUAUUCUAGUGAUUUAAAUGUUCUUGUCUGUAAAAUAAAUGUUAGCUUAUGUGUUGGGUGUAUAAUCAAAAGAAAAAUAUUUAUUGUAAGAACAUGUUUAUGAUCAUUAGAAAAUAAGGGCAACAAACAAAUCAAAAUAAUAAAGAUAUCUAAUGGAUUCUACUGUUUUAGAUA